CACACACUGACACACUGAUUGAGACAGACAGCGGCUACUGACUAACACACAGUCAUCAUGUCCACUGGUGGAGAGAAGUCCAAGCCCGCCUCACAGCCUGAUGGAAAGGCUGCUCAGACUCAAAAGAGAACCGAGAUGGGUGUGGGGAACUACAAGAUGUAUGUGUUUGAUCAGGAGAACUUCCAGGGCCGCAUGAUCGAGAUCUCCAACGAGUGCAUGAACGUGUGUGAAAUGGGCAUGGAUAGAGUGCGUUCCCUCCGCGUGGAGUGUGGCCCUUGGGUGGGUUGGGAACAGAUGAACUUCUGCGGAGAGAUGUACAUCUUGGAGAAGGGUGAGUACCCCCGUUGGGACUGCUGGAGCAACUGCCACAGGAAUGACUACCUGCUGUCCUUCAGACCUGUCAAAAUGGACCCAGAAAAGCAUAAGAUCUGUCUGUUUGAAGUUGGUGAGUUCAAGGGCCGUAAAAUGGAGAUUAUGGAUGACGAUGUGCCCAGUAUGUACACCUUCGGCUUUACCGACCGCGUUGGCAGCAUCAUGGUCAGCUGUGGCACUUGGGUGGGUUACCAGUAUCCUGGUUACCGUGGCAGCCAAUACCUGCUGGAGAAGGGUGAAUACCGUCACUUUAAUGAGUUUGGCGCUCGUCAUCCCCAAAUGCAGUCUGUCAGGCGCAUCCGUGACAUGCAGUGGCACCCAGACGGCUGUUACACUAUGGCCACCAAGUGAGGGCUAGGGAGGACGAGAAAGAGAGGGAACAGGGGAGAGAGAAAGAGAGGAGGAGGAGAAGAUGAAGGAGGUGGAGGGGGGAGGGCCAGGAAGGAGAGGAGGAGCGCACCACCCGUAUGAGUCAUCCUGGCAAGGGAAAGAAGGAGAGAGGGCUUUGCAAGGAAAAAAAGUGACAAUAGAAAAUGUGGCUGCUGAUAUCAGAUGAUCUUUCCGAGCCCUCUUUAUUCUCUCUCCACUCUUCACGUCUUCUCCCAUCUUCUUCAUUCUUCCCUCUUCCUCCUCUUCCUCAUCCUCCAUUCACUUUUCCCCGGAGGAAAUCAGUCCAUCACAACGAGCCUUAACUGAUGCCUGACUCGUGUGGGUCAGGGAUAUGAUGAUUGACAUGGGUGGGUUGGG